CUUUAAUGUUUACGGUAUGUACCUGUGUGAUGGAUUAUGAUGUUAGUUACCGCUGGUUAGCUGUACAAAGAGCUGGCGAAGCCUCUGAGAUGUCACUUUAAAAGCACCGCUGCUCACUGUGUCCAGUUGACUGGAUCAUGAUGCUGUGAUGUGAAGUAACAGAUGAGCUAGGCUAGCCCAAAAUGCUAGCUAACAUUAGCAUUUUUGCUCGUGAGAUUGAGGGCUUUUUGCCUACUUGGCGAUAAAUCUACAAUCGAACAUUGGACCAGUGUGGAGCCAAAGCUCGGGGAGUGGAUGAGGACAGCCGGUUCAUCAGCAGGCCCUGAGCUGGCUGAUCUCAGAGCAGAGACAACACCUCUAUUAGGGUGAAUUUGAAGAUAGCUGUGCCCUGAAGGCAUUUCCAUUUCUAAGAUGUCAUGCAAACGAGCAGACGGGAUGUCCAUAGCUCAGGCGUUGGCCAUGACUGUGGCAGAGAUACCGGUGUUUCUCUAUUCCACAUUUGGGCAGUCCAUAUUUUCUCAGCUAAAGCUCACCCCAAGCUUGAAGAAGGUGCUGUUUGCCACGGCGCUGGGCAGUGUCGCAUUGGCUCUCACUGCUCAUCAGCUGAAAAGGCGGGGGAGAAAAAGGAAGCAGGUAACACAAGGGAAGGAUGGCCAGAAGACAGUGGGAAUACCUGAGGCGCUGAUGAAGACAGGAAGACCCUCGUCAUUAAAGAGAGGCCAAUUUACUGGCCGACAGAUGAUGAGUCCCAGCAAUCGCAGCAAUGACACCAUGAGUGGAAUUUCUUCCCUGGGCCCAAGCAAACACUCAAGCUCCUCACACAGCCUGGCAUCUAUGCGAGUCCCAAGCUCUCCAAAUCAGUCUGCCAAUCCGUCCACCCCCUGGGAAGCGGAGCCCGUGGUGGAAGAGUCGGGAGCUAUGGAGGAUGCAAAUGCAGAGAAUCUCUAUAUAAUGGGGAUGGAGCUGUUUGAGGAAGCUCUACGAAAGUGGGAGCAGGCCCUGAAUAUCCGCCAUCAGCCCAGCUCGUCCUCCAGCAACCACAGCCUCGCCCUGCAGGGGGCCGCAUGUGCUGAGCUUCCUAUGGUUGAAUCCCAUAAUAACGUGUUUGCUGAGAAGUUGGAGACCCUUCUGCACAGGGCCUACCACCUGCAGGAGGAUUUUGGCAGCAGUAUCCCGACAGACAGCGUGCUAGCAGAUUUCGUCAGAGUUUGUGGUGUUCCUUUGGCAGAGAGUGAAGGAACUCUUAUCUUGCCUCAAGUGGAGAAUUUCCACAGACUGCACGAUGACGAUGCCACAACUGUUACCUCCGACGACUCCUUCUUCUCGGCUGCAGAGCUGUUUGAUGCCAUGUCUCUGGAAGGCGUGUACCAGCCCCUGAGGCCUGCAGCUCUCUAUGAAGAAGCCUUGUGUCUGGUGCGGGAGGGCAAAGUGCCCUAUAGGUCCCUGAGGACUGAAUUACUUGAAUGUUUUGGGGACCAAGACUUCCUUGCCAAGCUCCAAUGUGUGCGACAAGCAUUCCAGUUCCUGUUGCUAGAUGAAACUCACCGCACAUUUUUCAUGGAGACCGGGAAGCAAAUGAUUGCAGGGUUAAUGGUGAAGGCAAACAAGAGUCCCAAAGGCUUCCUGGAGAGCUACGAGGACAUGCUGCUCUACACAAAGAGAGAGGAAACAUGGCCCGUCACCAAGAUGGAGCUGGAGGGUCGGGGGGUGGUGUGUAUGAACUUCUUUGACAUCGUGCUGGACUUCAUCCUGAUGGAUGCAUUUGAAGACCUGGAGAGCCCCCCCUCCUCUGUGGUGGCUGUGUUGAGGAACCGCUGGCUCUCUAACAGCUUUAAAGAAACGGCCCUAGCAACUGCUUGCUGGUCUGUGCUAAAAGCAAAAAGGCGUCUUCUAAUGGUUCCUGAUGGUUUUAUCUCCCACUUCUAUGCCAUAUCAGAACACGUGAGCCCAGUUUUGGCUUUUGGCUUUUUGGGACCGAGGCAACACCUAAGUGAAGUGUGCACUAUUUUCAAGCAACAAAUCGUGCAGUACCUGAAGGACAUGUUUGAUCAUGACAAGGUGCGCUUCACCUCCACUCAGUGUCUGGCCGAGGACCUCCUGAACCUUUCCCACCGCCGGAGUGAGAUUUUACUGGGGUAUCUGGGGAUAAACAGCCUUGUGGAGCUCAAUGGGGUCCUGCCCAGUGACACGGAGGAGUCUUCAGGGCCCAACUGUGAGAACUGAGUGCUUCACUGGGUUCAUACGGGCUAAUAGGUAAUGGAGCUCAUUCUGUAAUCAACACUAGAUUCAAUCAUUCAUUCAUCUGUGUUCAUCCAACACACCUUAAUGUGAGAGGAUUGCUCUCACAUUGACAGAUCAAUGGUACUAAUGAGGGAGACCGGUUGGAUAAUAUGAUUCAGUCUUUCCCUCCUUAUCAGCUGCUGUGUUUCAAGGCGUUUCGUCCUCACGUAAUGUCAGAGGACUUGUCUCUGCCUUGUUUGGGGACAUGAAUAUUUCCUGAAAACACCAGAAUGAAGCGCUCCCAACACAUGAAGACCAGGAGCUUCUGCUAAAUCAAUCCAUAUGGGUCGAGUCUCGCAUUACGACCUUCCAUUCAUCGGACUUGUGGGAUAUCAUUGUCGUCUUUCUUUGUGAAAAGAAAUGGCGUGAGAGUCUGUCCACAAAUGUGCGUUUGUGUGUGUUUUAUAUUCAAGGGGGAAGGAUGGUUGCAAAAAAGCGUGAUAAAUCCUGACAGGCUCGGCCAGCUGACUACGUUUACAUGCACAAAAUAUUCCCUUUUUUGUCCUUAUUUCGGAAAAAGUCAAUAUUCCUGGAGUGCUGUUGCAAAGCUAAUUUACAUGCAGCUGUCAGUUUAGGAUUGUUACAAAGUUUUCAAUUGAUGGCAGACUUGUUGGCAGACACCAUUCAAAACACAGCCUCCCUCUUUCAAUCCUUCAACCACCUUCCUGAAAAGAUGGGCGUUUUGAUUAUUUGCGCAUAUUCAGUAAAACCAGUUGCUAUUUAAAGCUUUCAUCAUGUUUAAAAGUAGGUGAGUUUAUUUUUCCCACCAGAAAUGUUGGUUUUGAACCUGAAUAUCGACAUUUCCCAUGUCUUUGUGGGGGAAAAGCUAAAUUCAAAUUAAGACCUAUUGUAUUUACAUGAACCUUAUCCAAUUUGCGAUAUUAUUGUGUAUGUAAUCGUUGUCACUGAUUGUCCUUGAAUCCCUCUUUAAAAAUACGUAUUUAUUCCAAUUUGGUUUCAUCUAGCAGGCUAAGAUGUCACAUAUCCCAGAGACUGUGCAACAUGUAAAAGGACGUCAUGUCAAAAUGGUAACUUAAGUUGAAUCAUCCCAAAGUGUUAUUUUGACCCCAGAUCAAAGCUGUCUUCUAAUGCAAAGGACACAUAGCAGUGAUUCAGCUGUGAAACAAAAGGUUUUGUAAAGUGUUACCCUCCGAUUUUACCUGGCAACAGAUGACAUGAAUAUUUUUUCAUUUUUAGUGCCACAGAGGCAUUCAAAUAAACGUCUAAUAACACAAUAGCAGUUGUGACAGGAUAUCUUUAUUGCCAGAAAGAAAAUUCCUCAAACACAUCCGUGACCCUAGAAACUGAGUGAAAUUCUAGCUUGAAAUCAAAAUGAGGACUUUGUGAUGAACACGCUUGAAGAUUUAUUUUCUUAAAAUGUUAUAAUUGAAGUAUUUUUUAAUUGGUUGAACCACUUAAAUUGAUUUAAAAUAUGUGGGCCUGAAAUGUAGUUCCCUUUUUAAAAAGGUAUAUCAAGAACUAAAUCAAUGUUUUGAUUGUAAAAUGUGUAACAAUAGUUAUUCAUGCAUAAGGUUUUUCUUUAAGAUCGCUGGAUGUGAAAACGUUCAGGGGAAGCAGAUUAUAAACCAGUUUUACUAAGACUUAUUUUUCACUGCAAAUAUUUGGACUUGUCAUUGAAAGAAAAGCACUUGUGUAACUUAAAACAGUAACUAUAAGUUAAACCAGCCUUUAUUCAUUAACAUUGCAAAGAGGUUAUGUUUUUGAAUCCGCUUCAUUGACAGCAGGAUUACAACAACUGUUGGUCCAAUUGUUUUAAGUAACUUGGUUGGUGGUUAUCCCCUUUAUAUUUGUAUUAUUUACAUUAGUGCCUUUCCUUCUGUGACAUGUCAAAUUGUCCUCCAUGAUUACACCUUUAGAGACUUUGAAAAUACCCACAAAUCCCCCUUUUAUAAUUGAUUAAGAGCACUUGGGCAUUCUCCAUUACUAUACACAAUCUAAAAUGGACACACUAAAUGAAACCGUGCCAUGUACUAGUGCUAGUGAGGAUAUUGUUGUUUGUUGUACAGUCCGACUGUAACCUAUAAGUGCACUGAUAUUAACCCUGACUGUUUUCUGUGAACAGAGACACUGAAGGGGCCAUAAGAUGCCAACAUGGAUCAUUACACUACUGUAAAAGCAAAUAUGUGAUAUGCAGCACACUGUAGAUUGUUUGUUUAAACGGUCAAAUACUAAAUGAUCUCAAUGGAAUGUGAUUCAAAAGGUUAUUUAUUGUUAUCUGCAGUAGAAGCAGUAUGUAUGCUUAUGGUUGCCUGUGUGAAUGAUAAAAGGGAAGACUUCCCUGCCUGAAAAGAUAUUAGUUUCACAGAUCUAUCAUUGGUUUAUCAUACAAAUCAGCAAGUCUUUAUUCAAAAUCAUAUACAUGUGUGUUUCGUGGUCUUGAUCAUCCAAAUCCUGCUCUUGUUGCAACACGUCUUUGAAAUUCAGAUGUGCAGCUUUGUGUUUUGAAGCAUUUUGCACUUUAUCAGAAAAGCAGAAAGAUGCAGGAAUGUCCAACAACCCUUUUUUCUAAUAAUCCCUUUGAGAGUUUAACUGUACAAAUUGCAUUAUUUAUUGCAUCAUAGAACUGACAUAUUAUUGAGCAUAAAUGCUGUAUAUUAGAGAAAAGAUCUUUCCCAUACAAUUUUACAAUGGAAAUGAUUUAUUGUGCUUACUUUCCAAAGUGUUAGUUUUAGUCUCCAUCUUUAAAAUAACCUUUGUUAUUUUGAUUUUGACGGCGUGUCAUCCAAUCCAUUCUCUCAGGCUUUAGUCCUGGUAAUGUACUAUCACAUAUGGAACAUGCCAAUGCAGUUGCAGAAAGGAAAUGCUAAUAUUAGUCUUGUGUUCACGUUAUGGUCUGCAGAAAUGAAUACCCUGCAUGUUAACAGUGUAGAUUCUUUCAAAUGCAUCAAUCAUUGUAUCCCUGCAAGAUUUAGAGCCAGGCUAUUGUUUUACAAGCUCAUUUAUAACCGUCUAAUUGAACGUGAAAGAUUCAGGCAUAGACUCUCCUACUUAGUGUGUAUUCAUGAUUAUAGAGUUGAAUGAGGAUUUCAGAUGGCCAACAUGUGGAAAGAAUAUUUUUGUUCUCUUUCAAAAUUCACUGCUGUAUAUCAUAAGUGUCCUAUUCAUGCCUUUUGUCUUUUCUAUUGUUAAAUUACAAUGCCAGCACACUGUAAAUUGAUUUUGAUUCUCCAUGUUAAAUGUUAUUUUGUUAUUAAACAAUAUGUUUUUGAUGCCUUUUCCCACCUGA